UUUAUUCUUCUAUGAUUUCACUGUGUAUGGUUAUGGGUUGGGUUAGGAAGCUUUAAAGACUUGAUGAGAUUAGACUGAUUGUUGUAUUGCCUUCCUUAGCACAUAUAAUUUGUUGUUGGGGGGAUAAAAAGACUCUUUGCGGGAGUGUGAAAAUGUGUUUCGCUUAGAUACCGAUCUGCGAAUCUGAGUUAUUUUCUUCUCUAACGUAACAAAAUGGAUCAUUCACAGAUUACAAAACCAGAUAUGGAGCUAAGUUUAGCUGUAUUCAAAGAACCCCGUGGAGUAAUGAGGAUUCUUCAGUUUAUAUUUUCUAUAUGUGCAUUUGCAACAACUACUGGCUUUACAAGUGAUGUUAUUUUAACAGUUAGAUGUGACCAAAAUUCAAGUUACCCAGAAAUGCCAUAUAGGUUUGAAUACUCUUAUCCCUUCAGGCUGGACACAGUAAUGCAAACAGUUUGUGAUAAUCCAUUUCACCUGGUUGGUGACUUUUCUUCAGACGCACAAUUUUUUGUUGCUACUGGAGUUUUGUCAUUCUUAUAUUGCAUUUUCAUCGGGAUAGUUUACUUAUUAUACGAUGCUUUGUACCAACGCAAAGAUAUUUUGCCUCUUGCAGACUUUGUGUUGACUGUUGUACUGGCAGUAUUCUGGCUUUCGGGCAGUGCUGCCUGGGCUAACGGCCUAUCAGGUCUGAAGCAGACAACUGGUUCUAUAAACAAUUCCAAACAGUGUGAUAAUAUAAUUUGUUUAGCCAAUCCGAAGGUGGGAAGUGUGACUGAACUCAAUAUAUCUGUUAUACUGGGUUUUUUGAAUUUUUUUCUGUGGGGAUCUGAUUUGUGGUUUCUUUAUAAAGAAACAUCAUGGUUUAAAGCAAAACAAACCUCAAGUGGGAUGGCAACUACAGCUUGAUCAGGCCUAUGUCAUCAAACCAAGUAUAACAACAAACUCCAGUGUGGUGUGUGAAGUCUUGAUGUGUUAAGUUUAUAUAGCUCAUUUCAUUUGUUUACGGUACAUUUGUAAACUGGAAUAAUUUCAUGUACAAUGUUUGUAAUAUAGAUCUUCUCUUGCUUGCAUUCAUUUAUUAAUUUAGCAGUGGAAUUUGCUAUUGUGUUUUUUUACUAUGGCAUUGUGCAGCACAAAAAGCUAUUUAAUCAAAUACUGUGGUUCAGUGAGACUGCAGAAGUUAUUUAUAUACCUUUACCAAUAUGCGGUAACAAUUUUGAUUUCAGUACUUAGUGCUAGCUUUGUGUUUAGUUAAAUGAAAAUUUCUAUAUAUGCCCACUAAUGAAAAUCAGUUAUUGCAACUAAAUACUGUUUAAUGUGUAAUAUGAAUAUUAUUGAGAAAUGUUUAGAUUAUAUUGUCACAGAUAUUUUAAUAAACUUGAAAUGUUGCAGAAUGUAAUAUAUAUGGUCUUAGAAUAAUAAAUUUAAAUGAGUUAUGGUCUAAAAUGCAGGGCUCUAAACAGGUGAUUUUUCCCAACUAAAAGUUUUGUCUUAGUAAAUAAGAGUUUUUGUAAAAUAACUAUUAGUGUAUCUUGUCCUAAACUGAAUUCAUUUGUAAAAUUCACAGUAUGUACAUAAAUAAUCUACUCUUGCUUUUUGGUAGGCUAACAAAAAGAAAUCAACCAAAUAUUUUCAAAAUCAUAAUUAUAUAUUUGGUUUUCUCAUGGUUAUUCUGUAAAGAAAAUGUGCCCAUAAAUGAAGGAUCAGUUUCAUCAACCUGGCUGACAGUUGGGUUUUACUUAUUUCAUUGUUUGAGAAUAGUACUACUGGAUAUUUUGAGUGAGCUCAUCUGUCUUUGACCCGUUGCUCUAUAUUGCUUCUAAACAACUUUGUUUAUUCUACACUUGAAAAAAAAAAUGUAUAAAAUUUACUUUGCAAAAUUUUUUUAUUGUUUAUUAACUGCUUUAACUUGGUAUGGUUUACUUCAUGUAUUCAGUCAUGUUUAGUUGUUUCUUUGACACCCAUCGUGUUUUCUCUACUUGUGAUUUGCACCUGGAAUGAAUCUUGUCUUUACUGCUUAACUUUGACAUGGAGUACAUGUAUAUAAAAGUGUAUAAUCCAUACAUGCACAUUUUAUCAAGUUAUAGUCUAGCCCUGCACUGGAAAGGGGUUGGAUCUGUUCACAGGAAGCGAAAAUAGGUAUUGUGUCGACAAUAAAGUGAUGGUUGUGAGAGGAAUGCAACAUGAUAAAAUUAAACUAAAGCUAUGGAAAUGUUGGGUAAAAAGAUAUGUUUGGGAAAUUGUGUUAUCAGUAAAUCUCAAUUUGCAUGUUUUCCUGUUUAGUUGCAGUGAAAUAGGCGUAUCUUAAUUUUUUUUUUUCUUAAUUUAUGUGCAUUUUAUGCCUUUCUUGAUCCAUCUUGCAGUCACCUUGGGAUGAUUAUAUAGUGUUCCUAAUUACUUAAGUCUGGAAUUUAAAAGCCAUUUUUAGCUGUGCUCAGGAUACUCUGAAAAUAAUCAUGCUCACUAAUACUGUUCUAAAGGACUCAAAAUGUAAUUGUUACACUUAUCAGAAUUUAUUAGUCUGCCUUCAGUAUUUAGGCCCUGACUCUGCUAUGAAAACAAUUAUGAAUAAUACCACCUGUUAUUUAAAAGUUACCAUAUCACAUAUUUCAAAUUAUUAAUAUAUACUAUUAAUUAAUUACUAAACAUCAUUCAAUUAAAUUUAGUAUAAUAUGUUGUUCAGUUUGAUGCACAUUUUUUUAUUGAGGCAGUGUGAUUAUAAUAUGUCAUUUUGAUAGACAUAUCUAAAAUGUGAAAACAGUAAAUUUAAUAACUGGGAAUAUGUUUUGGUAAUAUUGCAAUUUUUAGAACAAUAUAAAAGCGAGUUUUUUCAUAAGUAGAGUUGUGAAACAUUAGUAAUUAAUGUUGUAUGAACGUAUUUAUAACCCCUCAAAACAUCAAUAAAGUUCUUUUAAAAGUAGUGUGAACAAAAUAUUUUUUACAAUUUAUUAGAUACACAAAUGUGAGAUUUGUUAAUAGUAUGUAAGUUACCCUUAUGUUAAUUUAAGUGUUGAAUAAGCAUGUGAAUUGACAUGCACAAGUAUGUUAUGAGUAAACUUAUUGGAAAAAUUCUUAAACUUAAUCUGAAAUAGGUUAAUAUAUAUUUCUAUUCCAUACAUAAAGUCCAAAGAGACAGCAUUAAUUUUCUGAUAAACCUUAACAACUUAAGCUGUAUAUUGAUUUUAAAAUUUCAUUUCAUUAAUUCUUGUUCAAAUGUUACAAUAGAACGUACAAUGAUGUUUGGUCUUUCUAAAAUGCAUUUUUCAAUAGUUAUGAUAAUGUUAACUCUUAAACAUUUUUUGCACUGAAAUCUAAAGGAAGACACCAAACAUCAUUAAUUUGAAAAUAUGUUGCAUGUAGAAAUAGUGAAUAUGAUUGUAAUAUUUUAAGUAUUGUGUGUGGUAUAGGCUUGAUAAUGUUCAUGUACAAAUGUAAUUUUUUAUGUGAAAUAUAGUGUAUAAUAUUUUUUCAAAUAGUAA